GCAAUUAUUUUACGAGUCCCCUAACAACAUGCAACGACCUUGUUGUAUCACUUUUGUGUUCAUAUCUCUCUUUCUCGUCUCUUCAUAUGGUGAAGAGACCGAUAACAAGGUGACUAACAUCGGUGCCAUCAUCGACGUCGAUUCUCGAAUCGGAAAAGAAGAGAAAACAGCUUUGGAAAUUGCAGUUCAGAGUUUCAAUAACAACGUUUCAAACAACCAUAAGCUCUCCCUUUAUAUUCAGAAUUCUAGAAGAGAUCCCUUACUUGCAGCUACUGCUGCUAAGAAAUUGAUUGAAGAACAAGAAGUUAAAGCAAUCAUUGGGUUGGAAACAUGGGAAGAAGCAGCUUUGGUUGCUGAUAUAGGAAGCCGAGCUCGAGUUCCGGUUCUUUCAUUUGCAGUUCCAGCUAUAAUAACACCCACUCGUUGGCCUUUCUUGGUAACAAUGGCUAAUGGUGACUCCGAACAAAUGAAAUGCAUUGCAGCUACUAUUAGUUCAUUUAACUGGAAAAGGGUUGUUGUAAUUUAUGAAGAUGAUACUUUUGGUGGUGAUUCUGGGAAGUUAGCUCUUUUAUCGGAGGCUCUACGCGAUGUUGGUUCCGAGAUUGAAUAUCGAGUGGUUCUUCCUCCACUUGCUUCUGUUUCUAAUCCAAAUGAAGUUGUGCAAGAUGAGUUGAUAAAAUUAUUCAACGUUCAAUCUCGGGUUUACAUUGUUCUUCAAUCGUCAUUACCGAUGACAAUCCAUUUGUUUGAGAAAGCGAAGGAGAUUGGACUUACUGGAAGAGACUCAGCUUGGAUCAUUACGGAUACCAUCUCGAAUUACUUCGAUUCUUUUAACAGUUCGGUGAUUUCUUCCAUGCAAGGCAUUUUAGGAAUCAAGACCUACUAUGACGAGGGUACUAAUCUUUACAAAACGUUUUAUCCCCAGUUUCGAAGAACUUUCCGAGACGAAAACCCGGAAGAAGAUAACUUUCAACCGAGCAUUAACGCCUUACGAGCAUACGACAGCAUCAGAAUCAUCAAGCAGGCCAUGGACAGUGAUGAAAACAGUCCAGAUUCGUUGUUGAAAAACAUACUUUCAAGCAAUUUCACAGGUUUAAGCGGCGAAAUUCACUUUCAACAACACAAAUUAUCACAUGAUCCUAUACUAAGGAUUGUAAACGUGAUUGGAAAAAGUUAUAAUGAGUUGGAUUUCUGGUUACCAGGGAUUGGAUUCUCAAAGAACAUUGGUUAUGUUGGUAAUAAAUCUGCAGAUUUUACUGGUACAGUCAUUUGGCCAGAUGAUUCAAAGCUAGUUCCUAAAGGAUGGGCAAUCCCAACAAAUAAGAAACCAAUGAUAAUUGGAGUUCCAGCAAGAACCGCAUUUGAGAAAUUUGUAAAGGUUGAUGAUGGUAAACAUCCAGGCCAAAAGAAAUAUGAUGGUUUCUGCAUUGAACUUUUCUAUGAAGUUCUAACUGUUCUCGAUUAUGAUUUAAUUUAUCAAUUUGAUCCCCACAAUGGCACAUAUGAUGAACUUGUUCACAAAGUCUACAACAAGACUUAUGAUGCAGCUGUAGGUGACAUAACUAUACUAGCUAAUAGAACAACUUUAGUGGAAUUUACUCAGCCAUAUGCAGCAACAGGGUUAUCCAUGAUAGUUCCAGUGAAGCCUGAGCGCUCGGCAUGGAUGUUCCUCAAGCCUUUCACCACCAAAAUGUGGUUGGUCACCGGUUCCCUCUUAAUCUACACAAUGUUCAUAGUAUGGUUCUUAGAACACCAGUCCAAUCCUAACUUCAGAGGUCCAUGGAACAAUCAGAUUGGCACUGCACUUUGGUUCACUUUCUCCUCCAUUUUCUUUGCUCACAGGGAGAAAAUUUACAGUAACCUAACUAGAGUUGUGGUUGUAGUAUGGCUAUUCGUUGCGUUGAUCUUAACCUCUAGUUACACUGCUAGUCUAACUUCAAUGCUCACCGUGCAACGAUUAGAACCGAAUGUUACGGAUAUUGAAUCGCUGAAGCAGUCCAACGUGAAAAUCGGGUGUGAUGGUGAUUCGUUCGUAAGAACCUACUUGGAAGAUGUCCUCAAGUUUAAAAGUUACAAUAUCGAAAACGUUAGCAGUGAAUACAAAUAUGAAGGGGAAUUCAAGAGUAACCAUAUAGCUGCUGCAUUUCUUGAACUGCCGUAUGGGAAAGUUUUCCUUAACCGUUACUGCAAGAAAUUUACCACUACCGCACCUACUUACAUAUUUGGUGGAUUAGGCUUUGUAUUUCAGAAAGGUUCCCCAAUAGCCAGAGAUUUUUCAAGAGCCAUUUUAAAGUUAUCUGAAGAUGGGACUCUAAUGUCAUUGGAACAAAAAUGGUUUGCUCCUUCACCAGAGUGUUCGGCCAAUGUAACCGAGGAAAGUAAAACCAAUAGCUUGAGCAUCAAUAGCUUCUUGGGUCUUUUCCUUAUAUCCGGGGCCACAUCUACUGUUUGUUUGCUGCUCUUCCUCGCUUACUCGCUAAAGCGAUAUUGGCACCAUGAGGAGGAGAAUAAUGCUGGCAACUUGUCUGUAGUUGAUGAAGGUGUUUUGAUCAAGGCAAUGAGAGUUGCUAAAUACAUUUAUAACGGAAAAAUUUGUGUUCAAGGGGAAGUUUCGGCAGCACCCCGAGUACCAGAUAUCUAUGAAUGGAGCUCACCGACAUGGGAUUAUGAUCGGAGUUCAUCUCAUAUAAGCAUGGAGAAUCUUGAGGUUAAAUCACAAGCAGAAACUGAGAUUGGAAUACAGUUGCAGGUUCACAAUUGACAAAACAAAAGAAUAAUCUCGGUUAAAUGAAAUCCAGCUGUAGUGUAUAUUACAUUAGCCACCCUUCUUACAUUGGUCUUGUGGAGAAAAAUCGAAAUAUUUUACUCGUAAUUUUCCACAUUACCUAAAAGAAAAAAGGAAAGAAUGUACUUAUUUUUUAGGCUAUGAUUUUCUACCCAGGGUAGCCUUGUAUUGGUAUAAAGACAGAUAAUCACCAAACAGACACCGACUGUCGACCGUAUCUCCAAAGAUGCCUCCAAGCAUUGAAUGUAGCAUUGUCUGUCAGGAGCCGUUGCCGGCUCGGAUUAAGGGUGCUACAUUUAGCUCACAUUCUGAUUCUUUCUGACCACUAAAGCUUGAUGUGCACCCAAUGAUAAAGUUUUUUGCUAUUCAAAUGAUGCAGACAAGAAAUGUAAUGCUUAUUUAAGUUCAACAUUAAAUUAACAAACGAAGUCGGAUUCUACAUAAUCAGGUCUGAAUAAUCAUCCUUGAUAAACAGAGUCACUAUUUAACUUCACUGUCAUGAAAGAUACAGCCAUCUCCACACUCUAAAAAACAUGCAAUGUUUCUUCAAAUACACUAAAAUUCGACA